GAUCGCGAUUACAUGUAUAUGGUGACCGAUCUGUUGCUCGGUGGCGAUCUGCGAUUUCAUUUGAAUCAACAAGGAAAAUUUGCUGAAGAUAGAUCCAAAUUGUAUAUGUGCGAAAUAUCGCUUGCUAUUGAAUACUUGCAUGGUAGGGGAAUCAUUCAUCGUGAUAUAAAGCCGGAGAAUAUUCUGCUGGACGAGCAAGGUGAGUCGUUUGGACGUUCUCAUAUGCUUUUUAUGAGCAGUUCGACCACAGAAUGCAUUACACUGGGAAACUCUAUGGACAUGUGCAAGGGCAUGUCUGGGAAUCAACGACUGAGGGUAUCAUAG